ACUCAAACAAACUACAACUUUUCAUACUUUGAUUUUCUCUGCACAUGCUUCCAGAUUUCGGUUUUUCAGCACAGAUUUCGUAUUUUAGCACAGAUUCCAUUAGAAUUAGGUUGUUUUUCCUCAUUCCAGUAGACAAAUUUAUUCCUAUAUUCAGUUAAAACAAUUUUCCUUCAUGCGAUGAACUUCAAUCCUUCAAGUUUAUGCAAGGUGUGAUGCUUAAGGGUUUUCAUCCUCUUUAGGUGUGAUGCCUAAAGAAACCUAGUUUUAGAAUGAGAUUGAGAAGAGAUCAAAUCUGCAUUUAAGCAGUGGGUUGAAUGCAUGGAUUCAGUAGAAGAGACACUGACUAAGAAACUAGAUUCCAAGAUAGAAGAGAUCGUGACCAAGAAACUAAGUACUGUCCAAGUUGAAACCUUUAAAGAAACCACCCCUCACGAGCAAGACACAAGGCCUGCACAAACCCUUCAACUAACAACAGCAGCAGCAAGAGAUGAGGGUAGACAGAAGGGAAUACAAGAUACAGCUGGUGAUAUUACUAAGAAAAUCAAGAUUGAAGUCCCUGAUUUUGAAGGGAAAGUCGAUCCUAUUGUGUUUUCUGAUUGGAUCAAUUCUAUGGAGGAAUAUUUCAACUGGUAUGGUGCCUAUAGUGACUCAAUACUAUGUGAUGUUAUUCCUAUGAAAGUCACACACAUUCUUCUUGGAAGACCUUGGCUCUAUGACAAAAAAUGUAAAAGGAAAUCUCUCAAUAUCUUAGACAAGAGAAGAGCUAGAGUUACCACCACUGAAUUACCUUGCAGCUACAAGAUUGCUAUUUCGGCACUUCAAAACUCGAGGUUGAGUUUUCUCCAACAAGGGGAGAAUGAUGAGGAACAAGAAGAAGAAGCUAUUCAAUAAUUAUUUAGAUUAUUUAGAAUUCUUAAGUAAUUGUUUUUAUUCAAGUGUAGUUAUCAUUAGUUUUUAGGAUUAGGUCUUUUAUCAAGAGUCUUAAGUCCUAGUUAAAUUAGAAAUUUUAAAUUUCAAGUUAUAGACUAAUUAGAAUAGGAGUUCUAGUAGGAGUCUUAGUAGUUUCUAGAUAAAUAUGCAUGUAGUUUCUUUCAUUAUUCAGUUAAUAAUAUUUAGAAUUUUCC